ACACGCGAUAAACGCAGCCAGCGGAAUACUCCUCUUCACAGCGGAGACACGCAGAAUGGACUGUUUGCUGUGAUUUGUUUGUGACUGACGGAUUUAAGAGAGGCUCUUUUAGGGUUAUAGAGAAACAGAAGGAUACACAUUGACAAAAGACCCCUAUGAGGCUUCGAACGUGAAGAGAGAAAACUAGUAAUAAAAGCCAUAAGGUCAGUUAAUGUUGCUGGAAGUCAUUGAUGUCACAUUGAAACUGAUUGGAAAGAAAUCAAUCUCCGACCAACAAGAUGGACCUGAAGCUACUUUUCAUGUCAACAUUAUUCGGGAUCAUUUGUUGCAGCAGCGCACAGCAAGAGGGCAACGAGUGCAUCAAAGCCAACGCUUUAUCCUGUGGCGAGUGCAUACAAGUGGGGGCUAAAUGUGGAUGGUGCACUGAUACACAGGAGUUUCUGAAGCAGGGCGAGCCGACGUCAGCGCGCUGUGAUGAGCUGGAGUCGCUCAGGAAGAGAGGCUGCGACAAGAUCGAGAACCCUCACGGGAGCCAAAGGAUCCUCAAGAACAAAGCAGUGACCAACCGCAAGAAAGGAGCAGAGAAACUCCGACCCGAGGACAUUACACAGAUCCAGCCUCAGAAACUCAGCCUCAACCUCAGAUCCGGGGAACCUCAGAAUAUCAAACUGAGGUUCAAGAGGGCAGAGGACUAUCCCAUAGACCUGUACUACCUGAUGGACCUGUCCUACUCCAUGAAGGAUGACUUGGAGAACGUCAAGAACCUAGGGACUAGUCUGAUGAAGGAAAUGUCCAAGAUCACCUCAGAUUUCAGAAUAGGUUUUGGCUCUUUUGUGGAGAAGACGGUGAUGCCGUAUAUCAGCACGACUCCAGCCAAGCUCCUGAACCCCUGCACAGGGGACCAAAACUGCACCAGCCCCUUCAGCUACAAGAACGUGCUGAAACUCACCAGCAACGGGCAGCAGUUCAACAGUCUGGUGGGACAACAGCAGAUAUCUGGCAACCUGGACUCACCUGAGGGGGGGUUUGAUGCCAUCAUGCAAGUGGCAGUCUGUGGAGAUCACAUCGGCUGGAGAAACGUCACUCGUUUGUUGGUGUUCUCCACAGACGCAGGUUUCCAUUUUGCCGGCGAUGGCAAACUAGGUGGAAUCGUGCUUCCCAAUGAUGGGAAAUGCCACUUAGAAAACAGCAUGUACACCAUGAGCCAUUAUUACGAUUACCCGUCCAUCGCCCACCUGGUUCAGAAACUGAGUGAAAACAACAUUCAGACCAUCUUUGCAGUUACAGAGGAGUUUCAGCCUGUUUACAAAGAACUUAAAAACCUGAUCCCAAAGUCUGCAGUCGGGACACUUUCAGCAAACUCCAGCAAUGUUAUCAAUCUUAUUAUUGAUGCCUACAAUUCUCUUUCCUCAGAGGUGAUCCUUGAGAACAGUAAGCUUCCUGAAGGAGUGACCAUCACCUAUCAGUCGCGCUGUAAGAACGGAGUGGUGAAUGAGGGAGAGAACGGAAGAAAGUGCUCUAACAUCUCCAUCGGAGACGAGGUAUCAUUUAACAUUAAUAUCACGGCUCAAGGCUGCCCCAAACAAGGCAAACCUGAAAGCAUUAAGAUCAAGCCCCUGGGCUUCACUGAGGAGGUGGAGAUCUUGCUCAACUUCAUCUGCGAGUGUGAAUGUCACAAACACGGCAUCAAGAACAGUGACAUGUGUCAUAACGGCAACGGCACGUUUGAGUGUGGAGCCUGCAGGUGAGACUCUCCUCACAUAACAGUCCU